AUGCCGGCCCGCUGGGCCCGGGCCGUCGCCCCAGCGGCGCUCGCCCACCUGCUGCUGCAGCGCCCCCCGCGGGGCGGCUCCCUGCUGACGCAGCUCACGGAGGGCGCCCGCCAGGUGGCCUCCGCGUGCGAGGAUGCGCCGCCCGCCACGUGGCAGCUCCCGUGCGCCUCAUACGGGUACCUGUGCGCGGACGGCGAGUGGGGGGGCCAGGUCCGGUCGCACUGCCCGGUGACCUGCGGCACGUGUCCGGCGACGGCAGCGCCAGGACCGGCGUGCGCGGACGCGCCACCACCAACGUGGACGCAGCCCUGCAGCUUCUACGCGAGCUUCUGCAGCAACCCCAGCUAUCAGGCCCUGAUGACCAAGCACUGCCGCCAGACGUGCGGCCUGUGCGGUGGCGCCAGCGGGACCGUCACGUGGCCGACGCAGACCAUUGGCAGCACUGGCCGUUGCAAGGCCCUGUCCGACAAUUCCAACAAGCUGGCGCAGUCCCUGCACGUGGUUCUUGUGCCGUCAGGCUUCGGCGGCGACUUGGCCGCUUUCGAGCGCGCGGCGCGGAAGAUAUACCAAGUCUUCUCCAACUACAAGCCCUUCGAUGCGGAAAACAUCGAUGCGUUACAGGUUUGGUACGUGGACGCCGAGCUUGGCGGGGGUGCCGAGCUGUGCGUCUUCGGCAACGAGGCUCGCGGCUCCAUUCCAGGCUGCCCUGCGGUGGACCGUCUCCUCUGCUGCCCCGGUAAGGACAGACUUGUGGAACAUGCCGCACGCCACUGCGGAUCUGGACUGAUCAUGAACACCCUCAUCGUGCACAACGACGAGAGGUACGGCGGCGCUGGGUUUCCUUGGACAGCUACAGCUUCCGUCUCCGUAAACGAGAACUCUGCGCAGAUCGCCAUUCAUGAGCUGGGGCACUCUCUCUUCGGGCUGGGUGACGAGUACACGAUCGGCUCCGGCAACGCCGACGAGGACCCGAAUUGCGAUAGAUUUGGCUGCUCGAAGUGGUCAGACCUGAUCGGGAAGUGGGACGUCGGGUGCAAGCCGGGGAAGUGCGGCGGCGGCGCUUGGUACAGCUCGGAGGAUACCAUGAUGGCGAGUUUCAGCUGGAAGUUCGGCGAAGUCAACGAGCGCAUCUCCUGCUGCAAGUACUUCUACCACACCGGGAGUGUUCCUACGUACUGCCAGAAGUUCAACCAUGGCGGGCUCGACCUCACCUCGUACUGCACCAGUACGCUGUGGCACGGAAGGUACACGAACUUGGGGACCGUCGUGACCUUGCUACAGAGGAACGGCUCCUCCUCCAGGCCGCUGGGCGAGCCCGAGAGCGACCCACAGGGCACCCCUUACGUCCAGGUGGCCAGCCCGGUGGCGUGGACGCUGCGGUCGGUGCCGCCAAGCGCGGAGGCAGAGCUGGGCGGCGAGCAGUGGGAGUGCGUGCGAAGCGCAGAGCCGGUGCCGGCCGGGCUGUACCUUCGCGAGACGGUGCAAGGCGACCUCGCCGGUGCCCGCGAGCAUGAGCGCCUGACCGGCCACGGCACGGUGGUCGUGGAGGUGCUGGGCAAUGGCUCUCGCUUGGUGGACCGCACGAUCAUGUUCGCGGUGGACAGGCGGGUGGAGGUGCCCUUCCCCGUGAGCGGCGGCGACGACGACGAGGACGACGAGCAGCAGCCCGUCGUCUACGAGCGGCGGGCCUCGAUGCGGGUGGUGCUCCGCUCCGGGGAGGGCUGCCGCGUGCGGCCCUCUGCGCGGGGAGGCGGCGCCGCCGCUGCCGAGUGA